AUGGUCCGUUUCGGGGACGAGCUGGGCGGCCGCUAUGGGGGCGCCGGCGGCGGGGAGCGGGUCCGGGGCGGCGGGGCCGGCGGGGCGGGCGGCCCGGGCCCUGGGGGUCUGCAGCCGGGCCAGAGGGUCCUCUACAAGCAGUCGAUCGCCCAGCGCGCGCGGACCAUGGCGCUGUACAACCCCAUCCCGGUCAAGCAGAACUGCUUCACCGUCAACCGCUCGCUCUUCGUUUUCAGCGAGGACAACGUCGUCCGCAAAUACGCCAAGCGCAUCACCGAGUGGCCUCCGUUUGAGUACAUGAUUCUGGCCACCAUCAUCGCCAACUGUAUCGUGCUGGCACUGGAGCAGCACCUCCCCGACGGAGACAAGACGCCCAUGUCUGAGCGGCUGGACGACACGGAGCCGUACUUCAUCGGCAUCUUCUGCUUCGAGGCCGGGAUCAAGAUCAUUGCGCUGGGCUUCGUCCUGCACAAGGGCUCCUACCUGCGGAAUGGCUGGAACGUCAUGGACUUCGUGGUGGUCCUCACGGGGAUCCUCGCCACAGCUGGCACUGACUUUGACCUGCGAACCCUGCGGGCUGUGCGUGUGCUGAGGCCCCUGAAGCUGGUGUCUGGGAUUCCAAGUCUGCAGGUGGUGCUCAAGUCCAUCAUGAAGGCCAUGGUUCCGCUGCUACAGAUUGGGCUGCUUCUCUUCUUCGCCAUCCUCAUGUUUGCCAUCAUUGGCCUCGAGUUCUACAUGGGCAAAUUCCACAAGGCCUGUUUCCCCAACAGUACAGACGCAGAGCCGGUGGGCGACUUCCCCUGUGGCAAGGAGGCCCCAGCCCGGCUGUGCGAGGGUGACACCGAGUGCCGGGAGUACUGGCCGGGACCCAACUUCGGCAUCACCAACUUCGACAACAUCCUGUUCGCCGUCCUGACGGUGUUCCAGUGCAUCACUAUGGAGGGCUGGACCGACAUCCUCUACAGCACCAACGAUGCGGCCGGCAACACCUGGAACUGGCUCUACUUCCUGCCCCUCAUCAUCAUCGGCUCCUUCUUCAUGCUCAACCUGGUGCUGGGCGUGCUCUCGGGAGAGUUCGCCAAGGAGCGCGAGCGGGUGGAGAACCGCCGGGCCUUCCUGAAGCUCCGCCGGCAGCAGCAGAUCGAGCGGGAGCUCAACGGGUACCUGGAGUGGAUCUUCAAGGCCGAGGAAGUCAUGCUGGCCGAGGAGGACAAGAACGCAGAGGAGAAGUCCCCUCUGGAUGUGUUGAAGAGAGCAGCCACCAAGAAGAGCCGAAAUGACCUGAUCCACGCGGAGGAGGGGGAGGACCGUUUUGCAGACCUCUGUGCUGUGGGGUCCCCCUUUGCCCGAGCCAGCCUCAAGAGCGGGAAGACGGAGAGCUCGUCGUACUUCCGCAGGAAGGAGAAGAUGUUCCGGUUCUUCAUCCGGCGUCUGGUGAAGGCGCAGAGCUUCUACUGGGUGGUGCUGUGCGUGGUGGCCCUGAACACGCUGUGCGUGGCCAUGGUGCACUACAACCAGCCCCAGCGGCUCACCACGGCGCUAUACUUUGCAGAGUUUGUUUUCCUGGGUCUCUUCCUCACAGAGAUGUCCCUGAAGAUGUACGGCCUGGGGCCCAGGAGCUACUUCCGGUCCUCCUUCAACUGCUUCGAUUUUGGGGUCAUCGUGGGGAGCAUCUUCGAAGUGGUCUGGGCGGCCAUCAAGCCAGGAACCUCCUUUGGGAUCAGUGUGCUGCGGGCACUCCGGCUGCUGAGAAUCUUCAAAGUCACGAAGUACUGGAGCUCCCUGCGGAACCUGGUGGUGUCGCUGCUCAACUCCAUGAAGUCCAUCAUCAGCCUGCUCUUCCUGCUGUUCCUCUUCAUCGUGGUCUUCGCUCUGCUGGGCAUGCAGCUCUUCGGGGGCCAGUUCAACUUUCAGGACGAGACUCCGACGACCAACUUUGACACCUUCCCCGCUGCCAUCCUUACUGUCUUCCAGAUCCUGACUGGGGAGGACUGGAACGCCGUGAUGUAUCACGGGAUCGAAUCGCAAGGUGGAGUCAGCAAAGGCAUGUUCUCGUCGGUUUACUUCAUUGUCCUGACGCUGUUUGGGAACUACACCCUGCUGAACGUCUUCCUGGCCAUCGCCGUGGACAACCUUGCCAACGCACAGGAACUGACCAAGGACGAAGAGGAGAUGGAAGAAGCAGCCAACCAGAAGCUUGCUCUGCAAAAGGCCAAAGAAGUGGCUGAAGUCAGCCCCAUGUCUGCCGCCAACAUCUCCAUCGCCGCCAGGCAUCCGAACUCGGCCAAGGCGCGCUCGGUGUGGGAGCAGCGGGCCAGCCAGCUGCGGCUGCAGAACCUGCGGGCCAGCUGCGAGGCGCUGUACAGCGAGAUGGACGCCGAGGAGCGGCUGCGCUUCGCCACCGCCCGCCACCUGCGGCCCGACAGGAAGACGCACCUGGACCGGCCGCUCGUGGUGGAGCCGGGCCGGGACGGCGCGCGGGGGCCCGCGGGGGGCAAGGCCCGGCCCGAGGGCGCGGAGGCUGCCGAGGGCGCGGACCCGCCGCGCAGGCAUCACCGGCACCGCGACAGAGACAGGGACAAGGCCGCGGGCCCGCCGCCGGCGGGGGAGCAGGACACGGCGGACGCCCCGAAGGCGGAGGCCGGGGAGCCGGGGGCCCGGGAGGAGCGGGCGCGGCCGCGCCGCAGCCGCAGCAAGGAGGCCGCGGGCCCCCGGGAGGCCCGGAGCGAGCGUGGCCGCGGCCCGGGGCCCGACGGCGGCCGGCGCCACCACCGGCGCGGCUCCCCGGAGGAGGCGGCGGAGCGGGAGCCCCGGCGCCACCGCGCGCACCGGCACGUGCCCGAGCCGGGCAGGGAGGGCGCGGCGCCCGGGGCUAAGGGCGAGCGGCGAGCGCGGCACCGCGGCGGCCCCCGGGCCGGCCCCCGGGAGGCGGAGAGCGGAGAGGAGCCGGCGCGGAGGCACCGCGCGCGCCACAAGGCGCCGUCCACGCACGAGGAGGCGGAGAAGGAGGCCGCCGCGGAGAAGGAGGGCGAGGUGGGGGACAGGGACAAGGACCAGGAGCUCCGCAACCACCAGCCUAGGGAGUCGCACUGUGACCUGGAGGCCAGUGGGGUAAUGGGUGUGGGCCCUGUGCAUGCCCUGCCCAGCACCUGUCUAGAGAAGGUGGAAGAACAGCCAGAGGAUGCAGAUAAUCAGCGGAACGUUACUCGAAUGGGCAGUCAACCCUCGGAUCUGAGCACCACUGUGCAUGUCCCAGUGACGCUGACUGGCCUUCCCGGGGAGACCACGGUUGUUCCCAGUGGUAACGUGGACCUGGGAAGCCCAGCAGCAGGGAAGAAGGAGGUGGAAGCUGAUGGCGUGAUGAGGAGCGGCCCCCGACCCGUCGUCCCUUACAGCUCCAUGUUCUGCUUAAGCCCCACCAACCUGCUCCGCCGCUUCUGCCAUUACAUCGUGACCAUGCGGUACUUCGAGAUGGUCAUUCUCGUGGUCAUCGCCCUGAGCAGCAUCGCCCUGGCUGCUGAGGAUCCUGUGCAGACAGACUCGCCCAGGAACAACGUGCUGAAGUACAUGGACUACAUCUUCACAGGCGUCUUCACCUUUGAGAUGGUGAUAAAGAUGAUCGAUUUGGGACUGCUGCUGCACCCUGGUGCGUACUUCCGGGACCUCUGGAAUAUUCUGGACUUCAUUGUGGUCAGUGGGGCCCUGGUGGCGUUUGCCUUCUCAGGCUCCAAAGGGAAAGACAUCAACACCAUCAAGUCCCUGAGGGUCCUGCGUGUGCUGCGGCCUCUCAAGACCAUCAAGCGGCUGCCCAAGCUCAAGGCUGUGUUUGACUGUGUGGUGAACUCCCUGAAGAACGUCCUCAACAUCCUGAUUGUCUACAUGCUCUUCAUGUUCAUAUUUGCUGUCAUCGCGGUGCAGCUGUUCAAGGGGAAGUUUUUCUACUGCACCGACGAGUCCAAGGAGCUGGAGCGGGACUGCAGGGGCCAGUAUUUGGAUUAUGAGAAGGAGGAGGUGGAAGCUCAGCCGCGGCAGUGGAAGAAAUACGACUUCCACUACGACAACGUUCUCUGGGCCCUGCUGACUCUGUUCACAGUGUCCACGGGGGAAGGGUGGCCCAUGGUGCUGAAGCACUCGGUGGACGCCACGCAUGAGGCGCAGGGCCCGAGCCCCGGAUACCGCAUGGAGCUGUCCAUCUUCUACGUGGUCUACUUCGUGGUCUUCCCCUUCUUCUUCGUCAACAUCUUCGUGGCCCUGAUCAUCAUCACCUUCCAGGAGCAGGGGGACAAGGUCAUGUCUGAAUGCAGCCUGGAGAAGAACGAGAGGGCUUGCAUCGACUUCGCCAUCAGCGCCAAACCCCUGACGCGGUACAUGCCCCAGAACAAGCAGUCGUUCCAGUACAAGACGUGGACGUUCGUGGUCUCGCCGCCCUUCGAGUAUUUCAUCAUGGCUAUGAUAGCCCUGAACACCGUGGUGCUGAUGAUGAAGUUCUAUGACGCGCCCUACGAGUACGAGCUGAUGUUGAAGUGUCUGAACAUCGUGUUCACGUCCAUGUUCUCCAUGGAGUGCGUGCUCAAGAUCAUCGCCUUUGGGGUGCUGAACUAUUUCAGAGACGCCUGGAACGUCUUUGACUUUGUCACUGUGUUGGGAAGUAUUACUGAUAUUUUAGUAACAGAGAUUGCGGAAACGAACAACUUCAUCAACCUCAGCUUCCUCCGCCUCUUCCGCGCUGCCCGACUCAUCAAGCUGCUCCGCCAAGGCUACACCAUCCGCAUCCUGCUCUGGACCUUCGUCCAGUCCUUCAAGGCCCUGCCCUACGUGUGCCUGCUCAUCGCCAUGCUGUUCUUCAUCUAUGCCAUCAUCGGCAUGCAGGUGUUUGGAAACAUCGCCCUGGACGACGACACCAGCAUCAACCGGCACAACAACUUUCGGACGUUUCUACAAGCCUUGAUGCUGCUGUUCAGGAGCGCCACUGGGGAGGCCUGGCACGAGAUCAUGCUGUCCUGCCUUGGCAACCAGGCCUGCGACCAGCUCGCCAAUGCCACUGAGUGCGGGAGCGACUUUGCCUACUUCUACUUUGUCUCGUUCAUCUUCCUCUGCUCCUUUCUGAUGUUGAACCUCUUUGUGGCGGUGAUCAUGGACAAUUUUGAGUACCUUACGCGGGACUCUUCCAUCCUAGGGCCUCACCACCUGGACGAGUUCAUCCGGGUCUGGGCUGAGUACGACCCGGCUGCGUGGUGAGUGGGCCCCAUGCUGCGUGGGCCUCAGGGGUGGUCCCUGCCGCCCAUGGAUCUCGGCACAGGGCUGGUGGCUGCAGACAUGUUUCAAGUGAGCGUCCCCCCUUUGGGUUUUGGUUGGGGGUUAGGGUUCCAUCCUGCUCCCCGUGGGGUGCUGCUGAGCCCCCCUCCCAGGGGGUGUGCUCAGUCUCACUUUGUGUUCUUGUACACGGCUCCCUGGGCUGAGAAACCCUCUUCUCAGACCCUCAGUCCAGCCCUUCGGAGGUUACCUGGGGGUCAUGGAAG